AUGGGCGUGGCGACGGUGACAGAGCUGAAGCAGAGCAUCUCCGGGAAGAGGACAUUCCGGCCGAGCCUCAUCAGCCGCCACGCCAAUGAGUGGCCUCCGACUGACGUCUCCAGCGACCUCACCGUCGAGGUCGGCACCUCCAGCUUCGCGCUCCACAAGCUGUUCGCGCAGUUCCCGCUGGUGUCCCGGAGCGGCAAGAUCCGGCGGCUUGUCGCGGAGGCCAAGGACGCGAAGCUGGCGCGGCUCAGCCUGCACGGCACCCCGGGGGGCGCGCCGGCGUUCGAGCUCGCCGCCAAGUUCUGCUACGGCGUCCACGUGGACAUGACGGUCGCCAACGUCGCCAUGCUGCGCUGCGCCGCGCACUACCUGCAGAUCACCGACGACUUCUCCGACAAGAGCAUGGAGCUCCGCGCCGAGUCCUUCCUCCGCGACGCUGUGCUCCCCAGCAUCGCCAGCUCCGUCGCCGUGCUCCGCAGCUGCGAGGCGCUGCUCCCGGCCGCCGAGGACGUCGGCCUCGUGCCCCGCCUCAUCGCCGCCAUCGCCAGCAACGUGUGCAAGGAGCAGCUCACGUCGGGGCUGUCCAAGCUGGACCAGUGCGCGGCGCAGCUGAAGCCCGCGGCGGCGUUCGCCGACCUCGACUCGCCGGGCGACUGGUGGGGCAAGUCGGUGGCCACGUUCGGCCUCGACUUCUUCCAGCGGCUGCUGUCCGCGGUCAAGGCCAAGGGGCUCAAGCAGGAGACGGUGACCCGGAUCCUCAUCAACUACGCGCAGAACUCGCUGCACGGGCUCAUGGCCAGGGACGUGCACAGAUGCGGCGGCGGCGGUGGCGCGGACGCUGACGCCGUCAAGAAGCAGCGCGCCGUCGUGGAGGCCAUCGUGGGCCUGCUCCCGGCGCAGUCCAAGAAGAGCCCCGUGCCGAUGGCCUUCCUCUCGGGGCUCCUCAAGACGGCGAUGUCGGUGUCCGCGUCCAGCAUCUGCAGGGCCGACCUGGAGAAGCGGAUCGGCAUGCAGCUGGACCAGGCCAUCCUGGAGGACAUACUCAUCGCCGCUGGCUCGGGCGCGGGCGCGGCCACGCCGGCCGGGCACGGGCAGCAGCACGCGCUGUACGACACGGACGUGGUGGCGCGCAUCUUCUCGGUGUUCCUCAACCUCGACGACGACCACAACGAGGAGGACGCCGGGUUCGACUACGACAGCCCGCGGUCGCCCAAGCAGAGCCUCCUGGUGAAGGCCGCCAAGCUGCUGGACAGCUACCUCGCGGAGGUGGCGCUCGACUCCAACAUCCUCCCGUCCAAGUUCAUCUCCCUCGCCGAGCUGCUCCCGAACCACGCUCGCGUCGUCACCGACGGCCUCUACCGCGCCGUCGACAUCUUCCUCAAGGUGCACCCGAACAUCAAGGAGGCGGAGCGGUACCGGCUGUGCAAGGCGAUCGACUGCCAGCGUCUGACGCCUGACGCGUGCAGUCACGCGGCGCAGAACGAGCGGCUCCCGGUGCAGAUGGCGGUGCAGGUGCUCUACUUCGAGCAGCUGCGGCUGCGGAGCGCGAUCCAGUCCGGGGGCGGCAGCAUGGGCGGGCACGACGCGGCGCUCUUCUUCGGGUGCGCCGCGGCCGCCACGUCGGUGCAGGGCAGCGUGAACAUGCGCUCAGGCAGCGGCGUGGGCAGCGGCGCCAUGUCGCCGCGGGACAACUACGCGUCGGUGCGGCGGGAGAACCGGGAGCUCAAGCUGGAGGUGGCGCGGAUGCGGAUGCGGCUCACGGACCUAGAGAAGGACCACGUGAGCAUGAAGCAGGAGCUGGUGCGGGUCGGCCCCGCCAACCGCCUACUCCGGGGCUUCGCGCGCAGCCUCAGCAGGCUCUUCCGCAUGCGCCCCGCCGCCGAGCCCGGGCUGCAGCAGCUCGGCGCCAAGGUCACCGCCGACGCCAAGGUGCUCUUCCAGCGCCGCCGCCGCCACUCCAUCUCAUGA